CAAAGUUAACACACUCUCUCUUCCUUAGAUCUCACAAAUGAAGCAUUACUGGGAGGAGUGAGAGCAGUUUUUGCUGCCCACAGCACAUUGAGUGAAGGAGCAUGUGUCACCCGAGAGACUCCGGCUCCAGCUGGCUGCUGAAGUGGCUGCUAUUGUCCCUGUUCGUUGCCAGUGGAAAAGCACAGUGUCCUAAACCUGAAUUCCAGGGCAGCGUUGUGUUGACAACGGAGGACCUUCUGAAGAACGAGUUCCCGGAGGGAUCAGUUGCCACCUUUGACUGUGCCAUUGGUUAUCAGAGAGAGAUGGGUUUGGGAACCAUCUUCUGCAACAGGGGAACUUGGACUUAUUUGUCACUAAAAUGCCAAAAAAAGCGGUGCAUUCCGCCUGGAGAAAUUUUGAACGGAAGAUUUGAUUUGUCGGCAGGAACUGAAUACGGGGCUGUUAUUAGAGUUAUCUGUAAUAAGGGCUAUGAGACUGAGGGUCGAAGCUAUAUGACAUGUACCGAUGAUGGCUGGAGUGGAAUGAAUCCUGUCUGUAGAGUGAUGAUGUGUGACCCUCCACCUGAAAUUGAAAAUGGCCAUAUCUCAAUGGAACUUUCCGAAGAAUCCCCGAAGUAUGGUGAUGUAAUAGAGUACACCUGUAAUCGGAGUAACACAGUUUGGAAAAUACAGAUUGUGUGCAAUGAGGAUGGAGAAUAUGAACCGUCCGAUCCAACUUGUGAAGUCCAGUGUCCUAAACCUGAAGGCCGGAGUGAUGUCAUCUUGCUGCAUCGAGAACUCUUGCCAGCCCAGGUCCCUGAGGGGUUCACCGCUGUUUUUGAAUGCGCUGAAGGAUAUGAGCGAAAGUGGGGAUCAGCAAUCAUCGUCUGCAUUAAUGGAACGUGGACAGAGUUAACCCUAACAUGCCGAAAAAAAUCAUGUGGUUUUCCUGCACAUGUGCUGAAUGGAGCUUUUGACCUGUCUCAAGGAAUGGAGUUUGGUGCAGUCGCCAAUGUCGUUUGCAAUAAGGGAUACAAGAUGGUUGGCACAGGUUAUUUGACUUGUUCAACUAGUGGUUGGAGUGGAAACAUUCCUGCUUGUGAAGUGGUGAAGUGUCCUGAGCCUCCAGAUAUAAAAAAUGGCAGGGUGGCAAUGAAGCCUUUCAGUAAGAACUUUCCGGAGUACUCUGACAAGGUCGUGUACUCCUGCGAAAAAGGAUACACUCUUGUUGGGAGUCCAGUAAUCGAGUGCAAAGAAAACGGUGAAUAUGUCCCAUCACCUCCUCAGUGUAACACACACACACACUGAAAUGCUAAAUAUUGUUCCUCGCUUAAUUUACCUAGCAGUAUAAAUAAUAAAGGAAAGAUUUUUUUGCUGUGGUAAGCUGUGAGAACUGCAAUAAUAUUUUAUAAAUCAACAGUAUAUUACCCUUUUGUUGCAUCAAGGGUGUGUAAAAUAUUUUUCUUUCAAAUCUUACCUGUAGGUCAGGUUCACUGUUCAAGUAGGUUAUGAUUUUCUAUAUGUCUGGAGAAAAAUUGUUGCAUUACUUGUCAGCACUAUCAUUUAGGAUAUUGCAGCAAAACAGGUAUUUGGGGUUGUGAAGACAGACAUCAGACAUCAGACAUGGGACAAUUGGAAACAGUCUGUAUUUGCUUAUUGCAGUUAAUAAAAGGAAAGAUCCCAA